AUGGGCGUCCAGGGCUUCCAAGAGUUCCUGGAGAAGCGGUGUCCCGGGGCUGUUGUGCCCGUGGACCUCCUCAAACUCGCGCGUACGGUCUCGCGCCAGCAGCAGCAGCAGCAGCAGCAGCAGCAUCGCCCGCUGCCGCCUACGGCAGCCCUAGCGCCCGGGGCUCCACGCGCCGCCAGGGGCUCCGUGCCUCUGCAACCGCCGCUCGCGCCCGCUGCCUUGGGUGCCUACUCCGGGGGCGCGGGGCCGACUCGGCACCAUCACCCCGCUCACCACUUCCACCAUCACGGCCAGGCGCACCCCGGGCUGCACCCGCCGCCGCCCCCUCCGCUGCCCGGGGCCCGGGUGCUGGUGGACGCGGGCUCAGCGCUGCCUCGGCUUUAUGGCGGCUACCAGACGGAUUGGGUGUGUGGCGGCCAAUGGAACGCCAUGCUGGGCUACUUGUCAGCGCUAUGUCAGGCUUGUGCCUAUCCCGGCGGCGACGGCUUGGAGCUGGUGGUCAUGUUCCCCGGGGGCCUGGGCAAGGACCGGCUGGCCGAGUGGGGCCGUCGGUGCCAGGCUGAGCGGCAGACAGCGCAACUGAUCGUGGGACACGUGGGCAACAAGGGCACCCCUCCUCCACGGGCCUGGUUCCUGCCACCGGCCUGCCUGAGCCACUGCGUGAGGCUAGCGCUCAUCCGCUUCCGGGUCAAGGUCUUUCAGAGCCUUGAAGACCACCAUUUGGAAGUGGUGGCUUUUUUCAGGGAAAAUGGCUUCCAUGGCCUUCUUGCCCAUGACUCCGAGUAUGCUCUCUACAAUAUUCCCUCUUACUAUAGUUCCCAUGCUCUGAAGCUGAGCUGGAAUGGGAAAAACCUUACUACCAACCAGUUCCUGAUGCAGGAGGUGGCCAAGCAGCUGGGCCUGAAGCGGAUGAAUUUUCCCAUAUUUGCUGCAUUGCUAGGUAACCACAUUCUCCCAGAUGAGGACCUGGCCGCUUUUCACUGGAGCCUCUUGGGACCAGAACAUCCCCUUGCAUCACUUAAGGUCAGAGCUCAUCAGCUGGUUCUUCCUCCCUGUGAUGUGGUAAUCAAGGCUGUUUCUGAGUAUGUUAGUUCCAUCAAAGACCCCUCAAACCUGGAUGUGGUUGGGAAGGAUGUUUUCAAACAGUCUCAGUCCAGGACAGAAGAUAAAAUAGAACGAUUCAAGAAAGCAGUUGAGUACUAUUCAGUCACAACCAAACUCUCUUCGCUGCCAGUGGGUCCCUCCUCCUUUCUAGGUUUUCGGAAUAAUCGACUUGGAAAUCCUCCCAUUCCACGAAAUCAAAUGGGCACUAUCUCUGCUGGAAAGCCAAUGUUUUCUCAUCACGUGCCCCAGAAAAUGAAAUAUCCACCACCAUUCCCAGUGGGACCCAACUCCUCUCUUCUCUUCUCCUCCCAUGCUUUGGGGGAAUCCCAUGCUUUUUCUGAGGAUCCCAUGCUGCAGGACAGCCCCUUUGCCAGUUGGGCUGUCUCUUAUGAUUCCUCUGCAUCCCAGUUUCCCAAUUACCUGACUUCCAAAGCCUCACCUCCUUUGGGACCAGACUCUUCCCACUCCUCUUCCUCUGAUGCUGAUGAGCCAAAUGGAGCCAGCUCUGAUCACAUCACAGAAACACUUCAGCAGCAGCCUGGAUGGGAGGACCCAAAUGGUGACAGAGGGUCUUGGGUACAGCCUAUCGAUGCUGGAGUUUCAGACGCCAGCCUGGGUGAUGGUGAGCCCCACAUCCCAUCUCUGCUGUCUAUGUCUACGAGGAACCAUAUGGACAUCACCAUUCCACCCUUACCUCCAGUAGCUCCAGAAGUCUUGCGGGUUGCUGAACACAGACAUCGAAGGGGUCUUAUGUACCCAUAUAUCUACCAUGUCCUCACUAAGGGUGAGAUUAAGAUCCCUGUAUGUAUUGAGGAUGAGUGUAACAUGGAGCUGCCUCCAGCUGCUCUCCUGUUCCGGCCAGCUCGUCAAUAUGUAUAUGGGGUCCUUUUCAGUCUGGCAGAGACACAGAGGAAAAUGGAACGCCUGGCCAUACGGCGGCGGUUGCCUGUAGAAGUUCCUUCAGUGAUCCUUAAAGAGUGGUCUGCCUAUAAAGGGAAGUCUCCUCAAACCCCUGAGCUGGUGUCUGCCCUGACAUUUCGGGAAUGGACUUGCCCAAACCUCAAGAAACUCUGGCUAGGCAAAGCAGUUGAGGACAAGAACAGAAGGAUGCGUGCCUUCCUGGCCUGUAUGAAGUCAGACACACCCAGUAUGCUCAAUCCGGCUAACGUCCCCACCCAUCUGCUGCUCAUGUGCUGUGUACUCCGAUAUAUGGUUCAGUGGCCUGGUGGCCGAAUCCUGCAUCGCCAUGAGCUAGACACCUUCCUUGCACAGGCAGUAUCUACUCAGCUUUAUGAACCAGAUCAGCUUCAAGAACUCAAGAUUGAGAAACUGGAUGCUCGAGGGAUCCAGCUAGCUGCCCUCUUCAUGAGUGGGGUCGACACAGCUCUGUUUGCUAAUGAUGCCUGUGGCCAGCCAGUCCCUUGGGAACACUGCUGCCCCUGGAUUUACUUUGAUGGCAAGCUGUUCCAGAGCAAGCUAAUUAAAGCAGGCCGGGAGCGAGUAUCCCUGGUUGAGCUCUGCGAUGGCCAGGCUGACCUGGCAACCAAAGUGGAGAAGAUGAGACAGAGCAUCCUUGAAGGAGUCAACAUGAACUAUCCAUCGCCUUCUGCUCUACUUCCAUCACCUACUUUUGUGCCUCCCUUGGUGCCCUCUCUCUACCCUGUUUCGCUUUACCCCCGAGCCAUGGGCCCAAUGCCACCUCCCCCUCAAGGAAGGAGCCGGGGGUUUGCAGGUCUCCAUCCAAUCCCACCCCAAGGAGGAAAACUAGAGAUUGCCGGGAUGGUUGUGGGCCAGUGGGCUGGCAGCAGAUCCUCCAGGGGUCAUGGCUCCUUUGGCAUGCAAGUGGUUUCUGUCGGUGGGCCGGGAAAGGGGCACGGAAAAGAGCAGACUGGUAGAGGAUCCAAAGGACAUAAAAAAGGAAAUAAGCAAAGCACUUCAGAUGGAGUUUCUAAAUCCCUGGAGCCUCAUCAAGGUCGGUCUCGCUCACAGGUAAAUGGAAACAAUGGCACAUUGAUCAAGGAAGAGAAGAAUGAUCAUCUUCCAGCUCCAUCACAGUGUGCCUUAACCAGAGACAACAGUGUGUGUAAUAAUGGUAACCGCUACUUCCCCGUGAAGAAUGGUGAGAAGAGCCGCUUACGAGAGCAAAAGCUGGGAACUGUGGCACAACAGAAAGAGGAAUAA